GACAGAUGAUAUUUUGUUUUGAAAAUCGCUGUAGUUACGUCGUUUAAUUUGUGGUUUUUCAUCUCUUUUUCCUUUCUGAUUACAGUUUUGAAUGAAAAGUGUAACCAAUUCACUAGAUUGUUGUUGCUAUUUACUAUAGUCAUAUAGUUAUAAGCCGAGGCGCAUGUGAUGCGUUUCUAAAAUAAAUCGAUCAGGAAUUGCGUUCAAAAUGAAGGCAAAACAACGAAAUCGUACGACAUAGAAAGGGAAAAGAAAAGACAAGAAUUAAUAUCAAAGAAUUUAAAAGAAAAAUGAUUGUAGCAAACGAUUUAAAAAAGUAUAAAACGGUUGGCCUCGGAGCUGGUCUAACAACGGUCGUAGCUGGACUUAUUUAUUAUGAAUACUCUCGGAUACAGCAGAGAUUGAAUAUGCUAAUAAGUCCAUAUGUUUUGAACGUUGAAACCAAGCAUCCCGACUACAUUUAUAUUAAAUAUCACAUCUAUAAGGAGUCAAUGGAACAAAGAAAAAAUGCAGAGCUCCAGGGAAAAAAAUGGAAAAAUGUGAUUGUACAUCCGAUUGGGAAUUGGUGGAAAUCGGUGAAGCAUUCAAUUGCAUGGCGUUUAUUGGAAGUGGCCAAAAACGGUGAUUAUCAUGAUCGUUUGAAAGCUGUACGCCAAUUGGCUCGAAUCGACCACUUAAAAGACUGGGACUAUCAACAUUUGGCCCAAAUGUGUAAUGCACGCACUGCCAUUUCAUUGGCACGUCAUUUCUCCGACACUCGUUGGUUUUUACCGCCGCCAAAUUUCGGAGCGUUGCGCCAGCCAAAAUCAUUAAUCUCCGACAUUCAUGAUCACCUGAGUCAAUUGCAUCCAAAUCAAUGUUUGAGCAAAUUCAAUUCGACGGCAUUCGAUAAAUUUAGCAUUUUAAAUGGUUACACCUAUUCGAAAGCGACAACAAAUGGCGUCGCAGUUUCGCGGCAAGAGUAUGAAUUUAUGCGAAAAUGUCUUGAGGCUCUGUUUCACCUGACUCAAGAUGCUGAAGUAGCCGAAGCGCUGUUGAAACAAGGAUUCUUGCAAACGCUCAUGGAAGUUCUGAAAUUAUUCCAUGCCGAUAUCAGUUUACGCUUUCUGUUGGCAAAAACUGUGGCUAAUUUCACCGUGUGUAACAAAUAUUAUAGCGAUUUUUUUGCCACCGGUUGGAUUGGCGUCUUAUCACGAUGGACACGCAAUCCAGACAUUCGAAUGCAAGCAACGGCCGCCAAGGCUCUAGCCAAUUUAGAUGUGGAUGAUAUUAAUCCAAGUGAAUAUCGAGCCAAAAUCUACCCAUUGUACCCGCUCAUUCGGUCACGAAAAAAACCACAACUCGACGUGAUUUUCAUUCAUGGUCUUCUAGGCGGUGUUUUCAUCACGUGGCGUCAAAAGGAUCCAAAAGAGGACGAUCUUGGACUGUACGGUAAGAAGAAUGUUUAUAGCAAAUCCACCGACAUUAUUGACUACGAUAUUUACCUUGAGGAUAUUCACGAUGGCACGAAACAUGAAACAAACCAAGCGCACAUUGUUGCUAAGGCCAAAUUCAAACGACCAAAUAUAUCUCAUAAUAAAAAUGUCCUAAAUUCCAUAUGGACACAUGAAUUGAAAUCAAUGACUUACUCUGAAGAAACACUAACCAGCAGAAAGCCACCAAGUGAAAAGGAAAUCAAAAUAAGUGACUCGGCUACGAAGGAAUUUCUGGAAACUUUAAAAGCUGCGGACGUAAUGCCGAAUGAUUGGGAGGUGGUAUUCCCUGACUGUCCAAUUGACGCAAAUCAACAAUCGGAGGGUUUUUUCAGCGUGGCCGGUGACAAAUGGAUAAACGAUGAUCAAACUGAAGACUACACCUUCUGUUGGCCUAUGGAUUGGAUCCCUCGAGAAUUUCCAAAUAUUCGUGUGAUCGGCCUCAACUACGAAACCUCAAUUAGUGAAUGGUCAUUGAAUUUGUUGUGCCCGUGUGAAAAGAGCAAAAGUUCGUUACACGAUCGAUCCGAAGAGUUGUUGAAUGCAUUAUGUGCAUCGAAUGUGGGCCGUGACUGUCCUGUAGUUUGGGUCGGUCAUAGUAUGGGUGGGCUCGUGGCUAAAAGUAUUAUUGUUCAAUCACUUUUGAGCACGGAGAAGAGUAAGAGGGUCAUUGCAGAGAACACACGAGCCAUUAUGUUCUUAGGUUGUCCACACAGAGGUUCGCCGGUUGCCAAGCUCAAGCAACAUGUUCAAAUGAUUUUUUCGCCAACAAUCGAAGUGAAGGAAUUACGUGAAAAUUGUCAAAAUCUGGUGAAUUUGCAACAACAAUUCGAACAAGCAUUGAAAGAGUUACCAAAACCCAUAACAAUUAUCAGUAUUGCGGAAGGUUGUCCAACAAAUAUCACAGCAUUUAAAUUUCCCAUGCAAUUUGUCACAAAGGAAUCGGCCAAACUUGAUAUUGGCGAAUUUUACGUACUAAAUGUUGAUCAUCUUGGCCUGUCAAAGCCCAUAUUUCGUCAAUCAUUUCUCUAUCAACGCCUCAUCAAAAUGAUCGGUGACGUUAUCGUAACGGCCACCAGAGAGGCCAAAGAGGCUCGUGGUGCAGCUAAAAUCGUACAAAACCAUGACACCGGCUUCGAAAAUCUAUCUAAAGACCAUGAUCACAUCAUGUAAUACCAUCUCAUUUAUCAUUUUUCUCACCGUUUUAUUCUAUUUUAACCAAACAUUUGACUUCUUCUCGAAAUAUUUGUAUUGUAGUGAUCAUUAAUUUAUUAUUAUUAAGCGUUGUGAUAAAAAGCAAUUUCUUUUGUACAAAACAAGAAAAUACAAUAAAUAUUUUUCGGACCAAUAGAAUUGCUGCUGUGAAUUCAACAGUCAUGUGUGGAUCCACACAAAUCCAUUCCUCGAUACAUUUGAUUGUCUACGUAGCUUUCCUAAAUAAAGAAUAUGAUUUUUCAAAUUUGAACAAU